AUGAACCGAAUAUUUGGUUAUGGUGGUCGUAAGACCCAUGAUCAGCUUCUUCAGGACUCUAAUAAGGCCAUGAACGAUGCACAACAGUCAAUGCAAGAGCGAAUUUCGGGUCUCGACACUCAAAUAUCACAAUUGAAUGCCCAGCUACAAGCUAUUCAGCGUAAAAUAGCAGAAACCAGCUCUGCUGGGGGCCAAAAACCGUUGCGUCAACGUGCUCUGAAGCUCUUAAACAAGCGGAAACAACUAGAGUCCAUGAGAGACUCGUUAGACGCACAGUCGUGGUCGAUGAAUCAGGCUCAAAUGACGAGCGAUAACCUUAAAAACACCAUGGUCACGGUCAACGCUCUGAAACAAACGAAUAAAGCCCUGAAGGCGCAGUACGGGAAAAUCAACGUUGAAAAACUGCAGGACAUGCAGGACGAAAUGCUUGAUCUGGUUGAACAGGGCGAGGAACUUCAACAAGUGCUCGCGAUGGGCAGUGGGGCUCAGGACAUCGACGAUAUAAGCGAGACAGAGCUUGACGCAGAACUUGAAGCUUUGGGAGACGACAUCAUGCUGCAAGGAGACAUGGCAGGUUUCGAAAGCGAGGCUGCAGGCGAGAUCCCAGCAUACCUCAGUGGCACGAUUCCUCAUUUCGUGGACGAGGAACCAGCCAAGGAGCUGCCCGGAAAGCUAGAGACUGCCACGUAG